AUGAAUCCAAAUCAGUUCAUAGUUACCUUUGUAUAUGCAAAAUGCAAAGAUCAUCUCAGAAGACCUCUGUGGGAUAGCAUGCUACAACAGUCAGCCACCUCCCUUCCAUGGUGCACAUUAGGUGAUUUCAAUGUUAUCACAGACCCUCAAGAAAAGUUGGGAGGUGUCACUUACAAUAUGAAAAAGAGCCUUGAGUUCAUCAGCAUCAUAGAAGCCUGUAGACUACAAGAUCUUGGGUUUUGUGGUCAGAGAUACACUUGGUCUAAUCUAAGGGGUAUAAUGUUCAAAAUAUGGAAGAGACUUGACAGAGGAAUGGUCAACGAUAAGUGGCUAGAGAUGAUGCCUCAGACUACCAUUACUCAUCUACCCUCUGUGGUUUCAGAUCACUGCCCCUUACUGCUGGAGAUGACUGAUCAAAACCAACAACACACCAAAUAUUUCAAAUUCCUUAACUGCUGGACAGAACAACCAUCUUUCUUGGAUACUGUUAGUAAUUGCUGGAACAGGACCAUGGAGGGUAAUCCAAUGUGGUGUUUCCAUCAGAAAAUGAAGAGGUUGGCAGCCACUCUUAGUACUUGGUCCAGAUUGCAAUUUGGUGAUAUAUAUGCCAAAGUUAAAGAAUAUGAAGACAAGACUAGACAUGUAGAGGAAGAGCUAAUCUCUAGUAAUUCUGAAAAGAACAGAACAAAGCUCCAUGCCAUCAAUGCAGAGUAUAUAAAAUACCUGAAACUGGAGGAAUCCAUGCUAAAGAAAAAAACUCAGUUGCAUUGGUUCAAAGAGGGUGAUGUGAAUUCCAAUUAUUUUCAUGCCUUGAUAAGAGGAAGGAGGAGGAAAUUAUACAUCCAUAAGAUCCAGAAUGAGGAUGAUAAUUGGGUACAAGGUGAAGAAAACAUAGCCAAAGCUGCAUGUGAACACUUCCAAGCCAUUUUCACUGGUGAGGAGACACAAAUUCAGGAGCAUACCCUCCAAUGUAUUCCCAGGAUGGUCACUGAUGAGCAUAACAGAAACCUGAAAGCUAUCCCUACAAUGGAGGAGUUGAGAACUGUAGUGUUUUUAAUGAAUCCCAAUUCAGCUGCUGGACCUGAUGGAAUGAAUGGCAAGCAUGGAUUCUUUCAUUCCACAAGAGGCCUUAAGCAAGGGGAUCCAUUAUCACCAGCUUUGUUUAUCAUAGGUGCUGAAGUCCUCUCCAGGCUCAUGAACAACCUUCAUCAACACCCCCAAUAUCAUGGUUUCCUGAUGGCUAAAAAGGGCCCUCAAAUUAAUCAUCUCAGUUUUGCAGAUGACAUCAUCAUAUUCUCAUCUGGAAGAUCUCAUACCUUGAAGCUUAUCAUGGAGACACUACAUACCUAUGAGCAUGCUUCAGGCCAAUUGAUCAACAGAGACAAGAGUAACUUCAUGGUACCCUCAAAUGCAUUCAACUCUACUGUUAGAAGAAUCAAGAAAGUUACAGGCUUCAAGCAAAAGAACAGCCCUAUCACAUAUCUGGGGUGUCCUCUUUACAUUGGUAGACAGAGGAUCAUCUAUUAUUCUGAGCUUAUAGCUAAAGUUGUGGCUAGGAUAGCUGGAUGGCAGGCAAAAUUAAUUAGUUAUGGAGGAAGAGUUACUUUGAUUAAGCAUGUCAUCCAAGCACUUCCUAUUCACUUGUUAUCUGCUAGUUCCCCUCCUGCAACCACUAUCAAGCAAAUUCAAAGCAUCACAACCAAUUUCUUCUGGGGGUGGAAGAAUGAAAGGAGGAAAUAUCAUUGGUCUUCUUGGAAGAAUCUGAGUUAUCCCUAUGAAGAGGGUGGUAUUGGAGUGAGACUAAUAUCAGAUGUUGCCAAGUCUUUCCAAUACAAACAAUGGUGGAUAUUCAGAACUAAGAAUUCCUUAUGGAGUGAGUUCCUCAAAGCUAAGUACUGUCAGAGGUCAAAUCCUAUAACCAAAAAAUGGCACACAGGACAGUCUCUGAUAUGGAAGCACCUCAUGAAGAACAAGCACAAUGUUGAGCCUCAUAUCCAAUGGCAGAUACAGUCUGGUUCUUGCCUCUUUUGGUGGGAUAAUUGGUUGGGAGUUCGCCCCUUAGCUAAUUUCAGGCCAGCCAGUAGUAGACAGAACAAUACUAAGGUGUCUUCUUUCAUGAUUAAUGGUCAAUGGAAUGCAGAACUGGUCUCUCAGAAAGCACCUCCUCAGUUUGUACCUAGCAUCCUGGCAAGUAACAUCAACUAUCAGCCCCACAAACUUGAUCAGGCCUCUUGGAAGCCUAAUAGCAGUGGGGAAUUUAGUUGUUCUUCUGCCAAGGAACUUAUCAGGGACAAAAGGAGUAAGACAAGAAUUAACUCUCAAACAUGGCACAAACACAUUCCUUUUAAGUGUUCCUUCCUACUCUGGAGAGCACUUAGAGGGAAACUACCUACUAAUGAAAAACUUAUCAGCUUUGGAGAAGCCCCAGCCCAAUGUUACAGUUGCCAUAAAGCUGGUUUGGAUACCAUUGACCAUAUAUUUGUUUCUGGAAACUUUGCCAGGAAGCCAAAUAGAUGGAAGGAACUGGUCCUUCUUGUGGAAAAAUGUACUAAUGAAGUUAAUGUUAGUACUGUCUACUGGAGGAAACCUUCAGCUCACAUGGUGAAGCUGAACACUGAUGGUAGUGCACUUCACAACCCUGGAAAAAUAGGAGGGGGAGGAUUGCUAAGGAACAAUCAAGGAGAUCUUCUCUUUGCUUUCUCAACCCCUUUUGGAGAAGGUACAAACAACCAAUCUGAAAUAUUGGCAGCCAUCUUUGGUUUGACUUGGUGUCUCCAAUUAGGAUAUACUAAAGUGAUCCUUGAAGUGGACUCUGAGCUAGUAAUCAGAUGGAUAAAACACCUAGCUCAACCACCAUGGACUGUCAGAACACAACUCCAACAGCUGCAGGACAUCAGUCAUCAAUUCCAGGUUUUCAAAUGCAGCCACACUUACAGAGAAGCCAAUUUUACAGCUGAUGUUUUGUGCAAACAUAGCCACAAAUGCACUACUCCACAGAUAUAUCUCAAUAAACAAGAGCUUCCUAAAAAGGCAAGAGCUUACUUUGAGCUUGACAAACUAGAAAUGGCCAACUUCAGAAGAAGAAGGCUUAAGAGAAUCAAGAAGCCACCAUGA